CGUAGACGCUUCGCUAGAAACGGCCUUCUUUUAAAGUUCCUGGGGGAAGAGUAGAGCGACCCGGACGAACCAAGGGAAAAGGGCCAAGAUUGAACUCAGAGGAUAAAUAUUCACAUCAUUUUCAUCCCAGGAGGAUUGUUGUUAAACCGAAGACAAGGUGCUACACAGAAAACCAAGGUCUUGACUGCCCGAGAACGUCAGAAAAUAAAGAAAAUGGCGGAGCCGGACAAAUUAAACAUCGACUCUAUAAUUCAGCGUCUCUUGGAAGUCAAGGGCUCUCGGCCAGGGAAGAAUGUCCAGCUGACAGAGAACGAGAUCCGUGGCCUUUGCCUCAAGUCCCGUGAAAUCUUCCUGAGCCAGCCAAUCCUGCUUGAACUAGAGGCUCCCCUAAAAAUCUGUGGUGAUGUCCAUGGUCAGUACUACGAUCUGCUCCGGCUUUUUGAAUAUGGAGGCUUCCCCCCAGAAAGCAAUUACUUGUUCCUGGGCGACUAUGUAGACAGAGGAAAGCAGUCACUGGAGACUAUCUGCCUGCUUCUAGCCUACAAGAUCAAAUACCCAGAGAACUUUUUCCUGCUGCGUGGCAACCACGAAUGCGCCUCUAUUAAUCGAAUCUACGGCUUUUAUGAUGAGUGUAAGCGACGGUAUAACAUUAAGCUGUGGAAGACCUUCACAGACUGCUUCAAUUGUUUACCUGUGGCUGCCAUUGUAGAUGAGAAAAUCUUCUGCUGUCAUGGAGGCCUGUCUCCUGAUCUUCAGUCGAUGGAGCAAAUCCGCAGAGUAAUGCGACCCACAGACGUGCCUGACCAGGGUUUGUUGUGCGACCUGCUGUGGGCCGAUCCAGACAAAGAUGUGCUGGGCUGGGGGGAAAAUGACCGUGGUGUCUCCUUCACAUUUGGGGCAGAUGUGGUGGCCAAAUUUUUGCACAAACAUGACAUGGACCUAAUAUGCAGGGCACAUCAGGUGGUAGAAGAUGGUUAUGAAUUUUUCGCAAAGAGGCAACUUGUUACUCUAUUCUCGGCUCCCAACUACUGUGGAGAGUUUGACAAUGCUGGUGCCAUGAUGAGUGUGGAUGAGACACUCAUGUGCUCCUUCCAGAUUCUGAAGCCAGCAGAUAAAAAGUUGUAUCCUUAUGGUGGAGGGGGAGGAAUGGGAUCUGGGAGACCGGUCACCCCGCCACGAAAUUCAGCCAAGGCCGCCAAGUCCAAGAAAUAACACCCGCUGGGUCCCCCUCCCACGACCUGCCACCCCCUGUCGGCCCAACGCUCUUUUUUUCCUCUACCUCCCAAACUUGUUUCUCCCUCGUCACCAAACGGCAACAAAGAAAACAAGUGUCCAGGGUUCAAUCAUGUUUUUUCUCUCUAAAACUAUUUCUAACUGUUUGUUUGGCUAUAUGCUUGCAAUUUUUUUGUGUGAAUGCGUGUACAAAAGUGAGACUGAUACAGAGGGAGUUGCUGUAUUCUGUGUGUAUGUUGUUUUUUUUUGUUGUUGUUCUUCCUCGUGUUCCCACUGUUCUGUUUUCUGUCAUUUUGUAGAGAUGGGUUCUGCCCAUCCAUUAUGUAAAUUCCAACCUGGCUGCAGGGUAGGAGGGGAUGGGGGAGAGAGAGGAGCCUUAGCUGUUUAUGUUAAGGCCCUGCACUGUUUAUUGCUAAACACAAGCUUUUGUACAUCCAGUUUCGGAGGUCCGUAUAUGUGUGAUGGGUUGGGGUGGGGUUGGGGAUCAAGUUGCACGUUCAAAUGGUAACGGCACAUACCACACACUGGGUGCACAGGUGGAUAUAUGUGCAGGUGAAUCCAUGAAUUAAACGGAUUCACAAUAAAAUAACUUUUUUUCUUUUCCAUUUUGAAAACCAAUGAUUUAAGAUCACAGUCAUGGAUGUGAAAUAGUUUUGCUUCUUUUUCUUCUUCUUGUAGAUACAUGAAACCGACAUGUUUUUUUUCAUUUUCUUGUUUUUAGUUCACUGAAAGUUGAAGAUGAAUAAAAUAACCAUUUAUUUGAA